GCUCAAAAAUGAAUUUUCCUCAAAUUUUCAAUUUACUCUCCAUUAUUAUUUUUCCAUCCAGAGCACUAAUAAUUACAAAAUCCAGUCCGUAUUUAUUUCACACCGCACGACAAGUAGCAGGCAGAGAAAAGUUGAUGGCGUUAGUGACUUCUGAAUUGAUAAACUAUCAAUUUAAAGAGUAUACAUUGGUCAUUUGGAGACCAAUUAGUUCUCCUCCAGAUUCUUUCCACGAGUACGACAACCUUGUUACACAAGUUUCACAGCAUUUCAACUCUGUCCUCUUGUUUCGCAAUAAUUCUUUAACCGAGACCAGCGUGCCAUUGCCACAUUCUAAGCUGCACCAGCUAUCUUCCCUCGUGCUGUAUUUAAACCUUGACUAUUUCCUCGAGCCACUCCAAAUAUUUCAUACUAAUUGGAUUGCCUAUUUACCUGGAGGUUUUUUCAAUUCGUAUCAUUUAAUUUUUCACAACGAGCAGGCUCCUACGUCAAUUAGUCAACCUCGAGAGUUUUCGUUGACCAAGUUGCCCCACCCCUUAAAAACCAUGGUUCAUCGGAUUUUCAUCUCUAUUUCGAAGCAGGAACAUGGUUAUAGAUGUGGUUUGUGGGAGUGCAACAUAUUCGGAGAAAGUUGUGCUCGCGUAGAAAUGGGCCAGGCGAGAUCUGCAUUAUCCAAUAAGAAAUUGGACAUGAACGGGGUCCCCUUAAUUUGGGCGACAGUGACGAUGUCACAAAUUAGUAAAAAGGCAAUGGAGGACUUCAUAAAGUAUCGGAAAAAUCUCAACCUAUUUAUUACGCCUUAUGUGGAAAUUGCCGAAAUUGUAAACGCUACCCCAAUUUUGAACCAAGUUUCUUCUCAAAAUUUUGGAACUUUGAAUGGGAAAAGUGGGAAAUGGGAGGGGGCGGCUGGGGAAAUUGUGUACGGUAGGGCACACAUAACUCAAGGUCUCGUGACUUUAGACCGAUACAACGCACUGCUUCUCUCGAAAACCAUCGACACUGACGGACUAAUUUUCACCACUGGACUUCCCACUGCAUCCUCGACAGGAUCCCCAUUUUUUCUUUUGGAAAGCUAUGACUGGAAAAUUUGGAUGGCUUUGCUAAUUACAAUAAUUCUUUUGGUACUUGUUUCUACUCAAGUAAAGCAAAAGUUACAUUUCCAAUGGAACAACGGUGACGCAUCACGCCUAAAUGUUUCCGGGAUGGUAAUGUUUGUAAUUAGCCCACUUCUGGAACAACCCGAGGACACAAAAAAUUUUCGGCGAUUCAUCACGGUUUCCACAUCUAAAUUGCUUUUCGGUCCCUGGUUGUUAUCACUCGUUGUGUUGGGGACGAUGUACAAGACGAGUCUCAUCUCGACGAUGACUUCCCCCACCAUGAGUAUCCCUCCAACAGACUUUAAAAAUCUGCUGGAAUCAGACUAUCGUCUUAAUUUUCUUGGAAUUUCGGUGACCGCAGGAGUUGUUUAUAAGGAACUCAAAGCAAAAGGAAGCUUAUUUGUGAAGGAGCUGGAUAAAAGGAUGGUAAUAAAUUUAAUUCAAAGCGUACCAGCCAAACCUUACAAAACAUUAUCAUGUUACAUUUCACUGUUAUACAUGCAGAUAUCAUAUUACGAUCCAGAAAAUGGAGAGCCUUGCAUAACGCAAACAAAGGGAAAGCAUUUCGCAUGUUUGGGAUUAAGGACGAUGCUUACGGAAUUUGCUAUCUUGCACCUGACCAAAGAAACGGGAGAACCUUUGUACCGAUUUGGACGAGAAUACUUGUACACGUCCUUCUAUGCAUUCUGCAUUUCGAAAAAUCUGCCGCAUUUAUUGCCUGAUGUGGAUAGAAUGAUGUUGCACUACGCUGAGUCCGGAAGUUAUGCGAUGUUCCGAAGAAACGUUGCACGAUAUGCGCAAAAGUUUGGUAAAAUGGCUGCAAAACGGAGAAGGAAAACAAUAAAUGGCAUGAAUCAUAAUAACAAUUCGGAAGAAUCGCGCACCAAUUCCUGGAAUCAGAACGAGUUGGAUAACACUUUGAGGUCCAUGAUUGUGUUGGGCAUGGGAUUUGGUCUGGCCACUGUUCUUCUUGGGGUGGAAAUUUUGACUUGUACAUUAUCCGGCUUCGCCAUUCAAUUCAAAGUCAUAAGAAAAUAGUUAGGAUAUGCAUUUGAAUAGAAAUCGUAAUUAUAAUAUUAAUAAAAGGAUACGUGUUUGUUGUGUUUAAGUACU